AUGUCAGGCCAAGAGACCUCACCACAGUCUCCCGCCGCAAGCACACCAAAACAUCGACGGCCCUGGACUGCAGCCGAGGAUGCCACUCUGAGGUCUCUGGUCGGCCACUUUGGUGCCAGUAGAGGCUCAGAGGGAAGGUGGAAGGACAUUGCUGCUGGGCUAGAGGGUCGUACGGCAAAGGAUUGUCGAAAGAGAUGGCUUCACUCUCUUGAUCCUUCAUUACGCAAAGGUCGAUGGACAUCUCAAGAGGAUGAAAUUCUUCUCUCUGCUUACGCACGACUUGGACCAUUAUGGAAUGAUAUUGCCUCUCUUAUACCGGGAAGGAAAGACGAUCAAUGUUCUAAAAGAUACAAUGACAUCUUGAACCCAUCUGCCAAAAACCGCCUAAGUGACUGGACUUCAAAUGAAGACAACCUCCUACGUCAAGGUGUAGCGGCCCUUGGUCAUCGAUGGGUAGCUAUUUCAGCACGAAUACCCGGUCGUCCACCUCUGACUUGUCGAAAUCGUUGGCGUACGCUCUCACGACUAUCACAUCAACGGCAGAGCAAAUCACAAGGAACCACUCCUUCAUCAUCAUCCCAAAUGUCUCCUACGGACAUUGGGAUAUCACCAGCCCCCCAGAACCCCAACACCGGCUUGGAUACGAGCGGUGGAAGCGCGACGGAUCAUAUCAUGCCAUUCCCGACGAUGGACACCGAUUUGGGUCAUGAUCAGAUGGGAUCCAAUUUUUUGGAUUCGGCUUUCUUUGACACUUUCACAGGCCCUUCGCCUUCACCGCUAAGGGAUUCUGAGGGCAGUGACGAUACAGAAACACCAAACGAUGGUGCGGCGCCGACGAUUCCUGGUCCUGCACCGGAUCUUUCAACAAACAUCCCAGACCAAGUACAAAAUGGCCCUACACAAUGUCCACAGCCACCAAGACCUUUACAAGCCCAACAACCUGCGAAUAACACGACCGGGCCAUUCACCAUGCCUUCACCAUCGACAUGGUCAUCACUAGGCACGAUGCUACCCCCAGGAACAUCUCCCACAAAUCAGAACCUAUGGCUUGGAUCAGCUAGCAAUCCUUCUCUUCCCAAAGACUGGGGCGUCCCAGCAGAUGAUUCGAUACCCCAAUCUUACACCGAACAGUUUCCACUACCGACAUCAACGGCACAGACGAUACAUCAACAGACGAUACACCAUCAUCACCACCAUCAUGUACACCACCACUUCCACCAUUACCAUCAUUACCAAGGCGGAGGUGACUCUUGGCGACAGCUGGAACAGCAAUGUGAAGCAGAGGCCUUGCAGGCACAUGUUCAACAAAACGAGAAUGGUCCACCGAACGCUGGAUGA